GCUGAGGCGUCUUCAUUCAUGAGCAAACUUGGAGGUGGAUCCUGCGCUGCCGUUUGAUUCCACUGAGGCGUUCACUAUAGUGUUGGACAAUGCUGCGAGUCAGGUGUCUGAGAGGAGGUAGCAGGGGGGCCGAGGCCGCCCAUCUGAUCGGAGCCAUGCUCGGCCGGGCGGUGACCGGAUGGGUGCGUGGGGCCUUCCAGAGCACUUCCAGUGCAGCAGCUGCACAGCCGCACCACGCUGUUGAACAUGUUACUGAGCCUGUCCAGCAGGAGUGUCCUGUGUGUAGCUACAACGAAUGGGACCCUCUCGAGGAGGUGAUCGUGGGUCGUGCCGAAAACGCCUGUGUCCCUCCCUUCACCGUGGAAGUGAAAGCUAACACAUAUGAAAAGUAUUGGCCCUUCUACCAGCAGUAUGGGGGCCAGCAAUUUCCUGCGGACCACUUAAAAAAAGCUGUUGCUGAGAUUGAGGAAAUGUGCAAUAUUCUGCAACACGAGGGCGUCACUGUGAGGAGGCCGGAGCCCAUGAGCUGGUCCGAGGAAUACAAAACCCCAGACUUUUCAUCAUCAGGCAUGUAUGCUGCCAUGCCCAGAGACAUCCUCCUGGUUGUGGGGAACGAGAUUAUCGAGGCUCCCAUGGCCUGGAGGGCUCGCUUCUUUGAGUACAGAGCCUACAGACCUUUGAUCAAGGAAUACUUCAAAAACGGUGCUAAAUGGACCACUGCUCCCAAGCCGACUAUGUCCGAUGAGCUGUAUGAUCAGGACUACCCCAUCCGCACAGUGGAGGACAGACACAAGCUGGCCGCCGAGGGGAAGUUUGUGACCACGGAGCACGAACCCUGCUUCGAUGCUGCCGACUUCAUCCGAGCUGGGAGGGACCUUUUCGUCCAGAGGAGUCAGGUUACAAAUUACAUGGGAAUUGAGUGGAUGCGGCGUCAUCUGGCUCCAGACUACAACAUCCACAUAAUCUCAUUCAAGGACCCGAACCCCAUGCACAUCGAUGCUACUUUCAACAUCAUCGGGCCCGGACUGGUGCUGUCAAACCCUGAUCGUCCAUGUCGCCAGAUCGACAUGUUCCAAAAGGCUGGUUGGACUAUUGUGAAACCUCCGACACCUCUUAUUCCCGAUGACCACCCUCUGUGGAUGUCCUCCAAAUGGCUGUCCAUGAAUGUGCUGAUGUUGGGUGAGAAGCGCGUUAUGGUUGACGCCAACGAGAGCACAAUUCAAAAAAUGUUUGAGAGCCUCGGUAUCAAGACCAUAAAGGUGAAUAUUCGCCAUGCAAACUCCUUGGGUGGUGGCUUCCACUGCUGGACAACCGAUGUCCGCCGCCGCGGUACCCUGCAGUCCUACUUCUACUAGCCGCGUCAGAAAGAGGCAGUUUUUAUUGAGCUUUGAAGAUUAAAGCGACAAUUUGGAAUCUUGCAUCUACUAUAAUUAAUGAAUCUUUAUUGUCAGUAAAUUUUGUAUGUACACAUUAAUCAGAGGCCUACUUCCUGCAAAUUUUUGGGGAAAGGUAGUUGAAAUUUGCUUCUUUAGGUGUCAACGCACUGCAGCUCAAUGUCAAAGAGGUAUACUGUUUAAACUUGCCUAGAACCAAAUAACAAAUAACACUAGGACAACAUUUCUUAUUAUGAAGUUCAUUAUGGGAGAUGUGUCAUAAUGCCCUAAAUGAACUUGAAUGAAUUAUUUUAACACUGCUGUACGUGCGGCACGCUGCCUUUGCAAGCAGCUUUGUACUGAUUUAUCCACAUAUAUCUACAUGCAUGCACACGUGCUCAACAGCAACAAGUUACUUUACUUCAAUCAGUUAUCUCAAUAACAACUGCACUUCUGGCUCGGCUAUUUGCUAUGCGAAAGUCACCAAACAAGGAGAAAAGAAGCUACCUCCUCCUCAUGGAAACGCCAGACACCAUCUUUUUCCAAAGUUUUUAAUCUUAUUUAAACAAAUGUAAAAAAAAAAUUAAGUAGGUGAUUAAACAAUAUAAAUGUAUUAUCUCUAGUAUAUUGUUUUGUAUAGAUUUUAAUUGAUUUCACAGACAAAGUUAUAUUUAUAUUUUUCAUACUCUUGAUUGGAUUAUAUAUUUACUAAAGUUUGCGGUCCAUCUCAGAUAUUGUGUACUUUUUUCCUUUUCUUCUAUUGCAAAUGCCAGUUAUACUUGAUGCUAGUAGUAUGUAACUCAUUGGCUGCUUCUGUCUGCAAAGCAAAAAUGCCUAAAGAAUGAAACGUGUUUUUUGUGAAGAUGCUUUGUGAUUCCUUCGAUGUGUUGGUUAUGGGAUGUUGAAGUCUAAAGCAAGGGACGUUUUGUACGAUGCAACAUUAUUAAAUGUAAUUAAAUAUA